AUGCCGUCUUUGUUGCAAGCUCGCGCAACUGUACCGCCUUGUCUUCCCUCUCUCCAGAGGAAUCCAACGCAGAAGAGACCGCUAGCCUCUUCAUCUCCCCAGCCAUCCCGCCACGCUUCUUCUCGCAUUGCCUCCUCUUUGCCCCCGUCGUCGUCGCAAGUCGCCCGCACCGGGCUGAGCGGUCGCGUCCGCAGUUCAGUUUGUUCGUUCCUCCUUCUAGCUGCUUUAUGCGUUCUCUGCGCCUCCUGGACUUCGCCUUUCCCUGUUUUCUCUCCGGCAGAAGUCUGCACACGCAGCGCGUCCUCGUGGCUGCGCGCGGGUGUCUGCGCAGCGCAGGCCUACAGUUCCGACGACCGGACUGGGCGCAGUCGGCGUGGCUCGGCGGCUUCUCUUUCUGCAUUUGAAGCCCCAGAGGCCCCGGAGGAGCUGCGCUCGCCGCAGCGCCGAGUCAAACGUGGCUCCGCGGACUCUGCGCGCGAGGAGAGUGUCGAGGAAAGCGAAGCGGGAGACAGAGCGGACACUCCCGCGAGCACGAAACACUGGACUGAGGACGAACAGGCGACUCUGCUGGCGUCCUCGCUCGGGUUCCUCUCCGGUGGGCUUCGAUCUUUCUUCUUCCCGAAAGGCAGCGCACAGAAAAUGAGCGACCAGCGAGAAGACAGCGACGGCGGGAGCCCCCCAGUCGUCUACACGCUUACACCCGAGGACGAGCGGGCGGCAAUCCGGGCUCGACGCCAGGCUUACAAAGCGAACCCGAGAGAGCCUUGCGUGAACGACACGCUGCGGCGGGCGGCGCUUGGCGCUGCGCGAUACGCGCGCCUGGUGGGGGUGGAUGGGGAUCGCGCCGCAGACUCCACUCAAGGCAUCCAGCAGCCCUUCCUCACGCCGGUCUGGAUGAUGCGCCAAGCAGGCAGAUACCUGCCGGAAUUCCGGAAUCUGCGCCGCCAGCACGGCUUCCUUGAGGUGUGUCGCGAUCCACUCCUCGCCUCGGAGCUUACGCUGCAGCCGUACCGUCGAUUCCCCCAGCUCGACGCGGUUAUCAUUUUUUCCGACAUUCUCGUCAUCCCUGAGGCAAUGGGCAUGAAGCUGUCGAUGGAAGAAGGCGUGGGCCCGCGCUUCGCCUGGCGCGUUGAGAGCCCUGCAGACGUGAAGAAACUCAACAUGAAGCCGGAUAUUGAAAAAACCCUAGGCUACGUCUUUGACGCAGUAUACGUGACGUCUCAGCAGCUGGCGGGCGCCAUUCCGCUUCUCGGCUUCUGCGGCGGUCCUCUCACGCUGCUCACCUACAUGAUUGAGGGCGGAGGCAGCAAGACGUGGAGGCAGGCGAAGAAGUUCGUCUACGAGGAACCCGAGGCAACGGCGUCGCUCCUUCAAGUCAUUUCAGACAUCUGCGUCGAGUAUCUCGUUGGCCAGGCGGAAGCCGGUGCCCAAGUGCUGCAGGUGUUUGACACGAAUGCCAGCCAGUUCGCCGCGGCCAAAUACGCCGAAGUCGGGGCUCCAUACCUCGCGUACAUUGCAGAGAAAGUGAAGGAACGUCUACCACACGUGACGAUGAUCGCGUUCCCGAAGGACCGGCCGUCGGAGGUCUUUGCGCAGUCCGCGUUUGACGUCAUUUCUCUGGGCUCUUCGGCGGAGAUUGAACUCAUGCAGCGGCGGUUUUCCGCGCAGCAGCCAAACGUGUGCGGAGCGGAGCCAAGCGAACGGCGAGCCGCCAGCGACGCGGACAGCAAAGCGCUGCAAGGCAAUUUGGAUCCGCAGAUCCUCUAUACCGACAUCGCCACGAUCAAGCAAGAAACCGCCAAGAUGAUAAAAAAGUUUGGAGUUGGCCGCCACAUCGCCAAUCUGGGCCACGGCAUGGAGCCGGAAAUGGAUCCUGAGCAUGCACGCGCGUUCAUUGAAGGCGUCAAAGAAGCGUCUGCUGCGUAUCUCCUCGAGGACGACCAGACAAAAGAAGCGUAA